AUGCUGGAAAAGCAAAAUCAGUUUGAAUGGACUGACGAGUGCCAACAAGAUCUUAAGGACCUAAAGUUGUAUCUAUCAAAUCCACCUCUGUUAUUCAAACUAAAAGACGGUGAAAGAUUGCUCAUUUACCUCGGUGUGUCAGAAUUAGCGAUAAGUGCGGACUUCGUACGUGAAGAUAAAGGCUUGGAAUUGGCACGAGAACUCUGUAUCGAACAAAUUGUGAUCAAAAGUGACUCUCAGCUGGUGGUUAAUCAAAUGCAGGGGACUUAUGUGACAAGAGAGACACGAAUGCAGCAAUACCUCGAAAAGAUUAAACGAAUUACUUCCGCACCUUAUCACCCAGCGGCCAACGGGCAAGCUGGAUCGACAAGUAAGGUUAUCAUCAAUAACUUAAAAAAGAGAUUGGAAGAAUCAAAAGGCAAAUGGCCAGAGGUAUUACCCGGGGUACUAUGGGCUUACCGAACAACAACAAAAACUAGUACGAGUGAGACUCCAUUUUCACUUGUAUACGAAGCAGAAGCUUUAAUUCCAGUAGAGAUAGGUGAACCAAGUACGAGGUACACACAUGCCACUGAAGCAGCAAAUGAGGAAGAGAUGCGGGUAAACUUGGAUUUGAUAGAAGAAAGGAGAGAAGCAACAUUAAUUCGAAUGGUAGCUCAAAAGCAGAUGAUUGAACGAUAUUAUAACAUGAAAGCCAAUUUGAGGUAUUUCAAGAUUGGGGACUUCGUCCUUAAAAAGAUGUUCCGGUCAACAAAAGCGGCAAACACAGGAAAGCUGAGCCCAAAUUGGGAAGACCCGUAUAGGAUUAGAGGCAUUGUUGGGAAAUGA